CGCACCACAAUUUCAGAAUGGGACGAUUUAAUAUGCGGGGUCGGCCAACCCACCAACCAUCCUGUCCGAACCACUCUUAUGCUAGCUUUAGCUUUGCUUAUGUUCACACCGUACCUCCUCCUUUUCAUAUACAAACAAAUCAUUAAAUCUGGCUUUUUUACCAUCCCUGCUGAUAGAGCAUCAGCUUUAAUUUGAGUUUAAGCUCAAUUCUCAACCCCCCCACCCCCACACAGCCUCCUUUGCUUGCUUACUGGUUUAGCUUCAUCAGAUGGCUUUGCCGACGACUAGUUUGGUGCCGCUUUUGAUGCUGGUGGUCAGCUCCCUGCAGCUGAUGCAGGCGUCGGAGGGUCAGAUGGUGCCGGCCGUGUACGUCUUCGGCGACUCCCUGGUUGACGUUGGCAACAAUAACCACUUGCCGGUGUCGCUGGCCAAGGCGGAUUUCCCUCACAAUGGGAUGGACUUCCCCACCAACAAACCCACGGGGAGGUUCUCUAACGGCAAGAACGCCGCCGACUGGCUCGCUGAUAAAUUGGGGUUGCCAACUUCACCACCUUACUUGGCUGUGAAAUCCAAAAGCCCGUCUUCUUUCAUUACCGGCGUCAGCUUCGCGUCUGGCGGCGCCGGCAUCUUCGACGGCAGCGACCAAACUCUGAGGCAGUCCAUCCCCAUGACAAAGCAAAUGGAGUACUACCAGUCCGUUUACCAGUCACUGAUUCAACAAAUGGGAUCCUCAGCAGCACAAACCCACCUCACCAAGUCGAUCUUCGCCAUUGUAAUCGGCAGCAACGACAUUUUUGACUACUCCAACUCCUCCUCUGCCAGGAAACAGAGCACCCCACCACAGGCAUUCGCCAAAUUGAUGGCUACAGCUCUCAAAGACCACCUCAAGCAACUCUACCUGAGCGGGGCUCGUAAGUUUGUCCUGGCAGGGGUCGGACCGCUGGGUUGCUCGCCAAGGGAGAGGCUCAAGGACAGCGCUAACCAAGACUGUGACCAGGACCACAAUUCCCUAGCCACAUUGUACAAUCAGCAACUCAAGUCAACCUUGCAGAAACUCCAAUCCGAAUUCGGGAAGGACUUCUCCUACUCCUACUUCGACACCUUCUCCAUGCUAUACAACAUGAUCCUCAACCCUGCCCCUUACGGGUUUCGGGAGGUGAAGGCGGCUUGCUGUGGGCUGGGAGACUUGCGGGCAAUGGUGCCGUGCAUACCGAUCUCGUCAUACUGCUCCGACCGGAGGGAUCAUGUAUUCUGGGACAUGUUUCACCCUACAGAAGCAGCUACUCAACUUCUCAUUGAUGCUUUCUAUGAUGGUCCGACUGGCAAAUACACUUUCCCCACUAAUAUCAAGCAGUUGAUUGCUGUUUGAAGGGCACAAAAGUGCAAAACUAAACUAAUGGACAACAUAGACACGAAGGCAAACACACAUAUAUACAACAGAUAAAUCAUGGCUUAAUUGCAAGUUUGGUCACUCGAAUAGCUAUGAAAAUUCACGUUUGCCACUCAAAUUGAUUUAUUCCAUUUAUAGUCACUUAAAUUAGUUGAACAUUCCAAGUUCGGUCACUCUCCGUUAACCUCCGUUAGACUCCAUUAAUGACGACCGUUAAGUGAUGACGUGGCUAACAGAAAAUCUCAGUCAGCAUAUUUUAACACUAAAAAACGACGACCCGACCCGCCACGUCAUAUUUACCCGCCAUGUCAGCCCUACUUGCCCAACCCGCGAACCAACCCAAUAAUUGACUCAACCCCAAACCCGAGACCCGACCCCCUGAAUCUAGAUUCUUGGCUCUCCUCCGCCGUUCGCCGCGGCGAAGAAGAAAACGAUCCUCUUUCUCAACCCCUAGAAAAGAAAAGGAUACAAACAGUAAACGGAAUGAGGCUUC